AUGACGUUUAAGAAUACAAUUACUUUGAUGAUAUUGUUCAUCAUCAUCACCUUCAGUUCGCUCAUUCCUCAAUCCCAAGCUAGACUAUUACUCUCUCAACCAGAAAACCCUAAAACUCCGAGCCGUUUCUCCUUCCCAGAAGCACAAUCCACAAUUCUCCCCGAACCUUCAGAGUUCUUUUCCCAAGAGCUCCUCUCAACCCCUCUCCCCACAAACUCAUUCUUCCAGAACUUAGUCGUGGGCGACGGCAGCCAGCCUGAAUACUUCCACCCUUACCAAAUUAAAUCCUCCGGCUCUUCCUUAACUCUCUGUUACCCUAACCGCAUCCCAACGGAGAAUUUCAUACUCCAGAACUUCACCGCUGAUCUCACCAUCUCCACCACACAAGAUGACAACAACCAACGUCAUCUAGUGUCUUCCUUCAACGAUCUUAGCGUCACUCUGGACUUCCCCUCCUCCAAUCUCCGCUUCUUCCUCGUCCGCGGAAGUCCCUACUUGACAUUCUUCGUCUACAAUCCCACGGCGUUUUCCAUCUCCACCGCUCAUGCAAUCACUUCAUUGUCUUCAACUGCAGCCAAUCAAAAGCACACACUCAAGCUCGAUAACGACCAGACAUGGCUGCUUUACUCUUCUUCUCCCAUAGUCCUCAAUAAGAGCGACCCGUCAUCUAUCACUUCAGAUGAGUUUUACGGCAUCAUUAGGGUUGCAUUGUUGCCGGGUCCAGAACACGAGCUAGUUCUCGACCAGUUUUGUGCUUGUUACCCGACGUCCGGUGAGGCUGUGUUUAAAGAGGAGCCGUUUUCUUUAGACUACAGAUGGGAGAAAAUUCCAAAAACCCAUGGGGAUUUGCUUAUGCUAGCUCAUCCUCUACAUAUUAAGCUUCUACAAAAUAAUGUCACUGUGCUUGAGAAAUUCAAGUAUACAAGCAUUGAUGGUGAUCUAGUAGGCGUUGUGGGAAAGUCUUGGGUGUUGAAAAUACCACCUCUUCCAGUCACUUGGCAUUCGAUCAAAGGUGUCCAAGACAAAGCAUCACAAACCGAAAUUAUUUCCGCUCUUUCUGCUGAUGUCGAGGCUCUAAUUUCGACUCCCAUUUCGAAGACGGAUUCCUACUUUUAUGGCAAACUGAUUGCCAGGGCUGCGAGGUUGGCCUUGAUUGCUGAAGAGGUGAGUUUUGACCAUUUGAUUCCACAAAUCACAAAGUUCUUGAAGGAUGCAAUCGAGCCAUGGUUAGAUGGGACUUUCAGUGGUGAUGGUUUCUGGUAUGAUGGUUCAUGGGGUGGACUUGUCACUAAAAAUGGAGCAUUGAAUGAAGGUGCGGAUUACGGGUUUGGGGUGUAUAACGAUCACCAUUUUCAUAUUGGCUACUUCCUCUAUUCGAUUUCGGUUCUUACAAAGAUGGACCCGACAUGGGGGAUCAAGCAUAGGGAUCAAGCUUAUGCACUUGCCGGAGAUUUUAUGAACUUAAACAGCACAUUAGAUGCAAAAUAUACGCGGUUGAGAAAUUUUGAUCUUUAUAGUUUACAUUCAUGGGCUGGAGGCCUAACAGAAUUUGCAGACGGUUGUAAUCAAGAGAGUACGAGUGAGGCAGUGAAUGCUUACUACUCGGCUGCAUUAAUGGGGUUAGCCUACAAUGACACUAAUCUUGCUGCCAUCGGAUCAUUGCUUGCUGCAUUGGAAAUUCAAGGAGCUCAGACGUGGUGGCAUGUACACCAAGGAGACAACAUGUAUGAGGAUGUUUUUACAAGUCAAAACAAGAUCACUGGAGUUGUGUGGUCUAAUAAGAGAGACGCUGGACUUUGGUUUGCUUCUCCAACGUCAAAAGAGAAGAGGCUUGGAAUUCAGGUGCUGCCAAUUUCGCCUAUCACUGAGGCCUUGUUCUCUAAUGUUAGCUAUGUCGAGGAACUUGUAAGUUGGACAAUGCCAGUUGAAGGAGUAGCUGAUGAAUGGAAAGGGUUUGCUUAUGCGUUAGAAGGGAUGUAUAACAGAGAAGAGGCAUUGGCAAAGAUCAGAAACUUGCAAGGUUUCGAUGACGGGAACUCACUUACCAAUCUCUUAUGGUGGAUCCACAGUAGAGGCUAG